AUGUCUCCGGUUUGGAGACAUUUAUCCUCACCCUCUAGAGAAACGGAAAUAAACGUGGUGUCCAGCCCGGAAUCGAGCAGCAGGAACAAUUCCCCGGAACCCGACAACUACGGCCUCAGCCGUUCCUCCGGUGUUUUUCCGGUGAUUAAAACUUGUGAAGACGAUGACGGAAGGACCGACAAAAAUAGGGCUUCGGCCACUCAAAAGGGCUCCGGUGGCUCGACGAACUUUUCUAUUUCGAGUAUUUUGUCUAGAACGGAGCCGGCGGCGAAGAAAAAUGGGUUCAUGUCUGGUGAGCGAGGGAGUCAGAGCGUGCUGGAAAAUGCAGGUUUGACAGCCGGAUCUGACAGUGCCGUUUUGUCUAGGCUGGGACUUAUGUCACAUUUUGGUGCGUUAGCAGCAGCGAGCAGUAGAUAUGCCGCCCUUUGUGGCACACCAACUGACCCCAGGACUCUCCCCUGGUAUUGGGGAAGGAUACCAUCCCAAAUACCUAAAGAUCAACCCAGUCCAAAUG